AUGCCUCCUGCAGUUGACCUUGAACUGGAGCUGCGAAGGCUAGGCUGCGUUGAUGGUGUCCUUGGCCUCCUUCGUCGGCGUUCCAUAAACGAAUCUGAUCAUGUCUACGCUGACAGAAUCCAGCUGGGGGCAGCCUUGCUCGCAUGCAAGCUCGAUCUCCGCGCUGCACCUACAAAAUGCGGCGCAACCGCCAUUGCGGCAGGAAGAGGCGGUGCCGGCGGAGAUGAGGAAGGUAGCGCGUUGGCAGCCUCCUGGGGCGAAGAAGCUCUUGCUUCGGUACUAACCCUAGUUGUACAAGGCUGUCGACAUGUAUCCCGCGCGUUGGCCCUAGGCCUGCACGAGAGCGAGGAUUGCGCUAAGGCGUUCGCGCACGACGAGCACCGCGUGACCACCCUGCUAGCGAUCGUCUUUCCAGGCGGUCAGGUGAAGAUCCUAGGCGAUCAUGGCAAUGUCGCGGCAUCAUCGGGUACUGUUGAUGCUGCUGCUACUGCUACUUCCGCUUCUUUGGGGAGUCUUGGGGCGGAGACAUCCAUCGGCGACUACGAGACACGCGAGAACGCCCUGAGCUGCAUUUACAGCAUUGUCCAGGCAGACGCCACUGCUGUCGAGAGCAUUCAGAGCGCAAGAGGGCUUUGGCCAUUGUUCGUCCUGGCCAUGGGGGAGGAGCCAGCUUCCGGUGACGGUGAUGGCUUAUCUGCGCGGGAAGGACAAGGCAACCACCGCCGACCGCGCACGAGUAUGCCGGGACCGCGCCUAUUUCCUUCACGAAGAAACUCCACGACAUCUACCGUUGUCUCCUUUGCCGCCUCGGACGGUGGUAGCGGUGGGCGUGACGGUAUCGGUGUCAAAAGACCUAUGACGACAGGAGCAUGGACUCCGGCGAGGAGCCCUUUGGUCCCCGACAAGGCAGCAUCGGGGUCAGCGACAGCGGCGGAUUUGAAGUCUUGGGGGGAACGGGGUCUGCCGCGAAGAGGCGGUCAAGCUACGGGACGUGACGGUGGAGGCGGUGUCAGCCGUCGCGGAGCGCCAGCCUCCGAAAAUCCCGACGCGGCAAACCCGCCGCCUCCCGGUACGGCAACAGAGGAGUCGACGGCGACGCCGUCACCACCACCACCGCUAAGCGAAGGCGGACUACGGACGGCGGGGGGAGGACACGAAGCGCAGCCUGCGCUAUCGGCGUCGUCGCCUCGUGCAAUUGCGGUCGACGCGGUUUUCAGCGGCGGCGGCGAGGGAGGCCGCGGGGGAGGUGUGACUCGGCGUGACAAGCCGCUAACGUUGUUGGCGGCGUCAAUCCUCCUCGCAGGUCUUCGGGGAGGCGCGCAUCGUCUGGCAACGGUAAAAUUAGGACGAGGAGGACGAGGAGGAGGAGGAGGAGGGGGAGGAGGAGGAGGAGCAUCGAAGCAGCCGACAGGCAGCAGAGAGGGAGCGUCAAGUGGAAGCAAGCGAAACUCUCGUCGAUCUACCACCGGCCGGAAGCAAGAACUGGGGGUGGUUAUCUUGGAGCGUGGGAUUGAGGAGCUGGAGGGGUGGGCGUACGUGGGCCGCGGCGAGGAAGGGGCUGCGGACGAGACCGGCAAGCAAGAUGCGAGAAGAAGGCACUCGUCGUCAGCGGCCUCGACGACGAUCAAGCACAAGCGCGAGCGUCAACAGCAGCUCGUCCGCGCGGGAAGCGGGACAUUGCUCCGGUCCCUGUGCUGGUUGCUCCUGCACCAGCGCCGGGGCGUCUCGGACGGAGCCGCGGCAAUCCUGCUAGCCUUAGCCGCGACGCUGACCUCCACCCCAAACAACACCCACCUCAAACACGCCGUCCACGACGGCCCUGCCGCGUGGGUCGUUAUCGACCUCAUCGAGCAAGGCUGUGUGCCGAUCCUCAGGAUGGCCGGGGGAGGGGUCGCUCCUUCUACCUUGGAGGCGGAGGUGGAAGGAGGGGGCGGGAGUAUCGUCUCCAGGCAGGCCGCGAGAGUGAUCCUCGAGGCCGUUGUUGCGGAGGCGUGUGGGCGGCACGCCGGGCGGCUCGUGCGCUCCGUGAUGUCGUCGGGCAGCCGGAAGCUGCGCGCGAACGUGGCACUUGGGCUGACCGUCUUGUCGGCCGGGACAGGAGGAGUGUUGGGAAGAGAAGCCUGGGAGUUGUUUGUGACCGGCGGCGCGCUACCCGCUGUCCUCGGGAUGCUGCGCUCCCCCACUGGCCGCCCCGCCGCUGUGUCGUUCCUGAGGACGGUUUCCGCCCUGCUAGGGGGGGAUCCCGCACCCCAGAACAUAUUCUCAGAGGGGGUGGUGUACUACGAGGGGAAAGGAGGAGGGUACAGCCGUGAGGGGUGGGCGGAUGGCGGCGGUUUAGCUGGCCCUUCCGAGAGCGCCGACGAGGAAGAAGAAGACACCGUGGUUCUCGUGGUAGACCCGUUGACAUGUCUGGAGAGGGAGAAGGGGAUCUCAAGUGAUCGAGGCGAGCAUACGGAGGAAGAGGGCAUCAAGAUGGCCUGCCCGCCGCGAAAGGUUAUCUGCCGGGCGUCUACCCGCCUGCGAGACGUGAUCAUCAACUCACCGGCGGGGGAACUUCCCCUGCUGCGUGGCCGUUACCGUACCUGGGAAGAGGCGAGUAUCCACCGGUGGCGUUGUAUUCCUUUUCGUGUAUUGUAUCUGCUGGAUUCAAAUUCUGCCGUAUUGCCAAUGUGUAGGAAGCUCGCGUGCACCGGCUAUCACCCUUGCGAUCGCGGCGGCGCUCAUCAAGCGGCAGUUAGUCCCUUGACCGGUGCUGUCAACACUUCUGAGCCCUAG